GCCGCACUUCUUGGCUGCCUGCGACUCCAGGAUGCUCUGAGCCCCACGACGGCGUCCGCUGCCGCCGGCUCCCGUCCGAGGUGUGAAUGACAGAGGUGGUGCCGUCCAGCGCCCUCAGUGAGGUCAGCCUACGCCUCCUCUGCCACGAUGACAUAGACACCGUGAAGCAUUUGUGCGGCGACUGGUUCCCCAUCGAGUACCCAGACUCAUGGUAUCAUGAUAUCACCUCCAACAAGAAGUUCUUUUCCCUCGCCGCAACCUACAGGGGCGCCAUCGUGGGAAUGAUAGUAGCUGAAAUAAAAAGUAGGACCAAGAUACACAAGGAAGACGGAGAUAUUCUAGCCUCCAACUUCUCUGUUGACACGCAGGUUGCGUACAUUCUAAGUCUGGGAGUAGUGAAGGAGUUCAGGAAGCAUGGCAUCGGUUCCCUUUUACUUGAGAGUUUAAAGGAUCACAUAUCAACCACCUCCCAGGACCACUGCAAAGCCAUCUAUCUGCACGUCCUCACCACCAACAACACAGCAAUAAACUUCUACGAAAACAGAGACUUUAAGCAACAUCACUAUCUCCCCUAUUACUACUCCAUCCGAGGGGUCCUCAAAGAUGGCUUCACCUAUGUCCUCUACAUCAACGGCGGCCACCCUCCCUGGACAAUCCUGGACUACAUUCAGCACCUGGGCUCCGCGCUAGCAAACCUGAGCCCCUGCUCCAUCCCGCACAGGAUCUACCGCCAGGCCCACAGCCUGCUCUGCAGCUUCCUGCCGUGGUCCGGCAUCUCCACCAAGGGUGGCAUUGAGUAUAGCCGGACCAUGUGACACCAGCCGGGCAGCCGCCAUCAAGCCCCACCCUUCGGCACCCUGUAGAACCCGCCUUCCUGGCCAUCUGACUUCUG